UCCACGCGCGCGCGCACGCACGCGGAUAGAAGAAGAGAGAGGAGCAGAGAGUGGUUCUCUCCGCACGCCGCGCAGAAGAGCUUUGCUCCGGUGAGGAUGGAAGCGGGCUGACUGAGGCAGGGAACUGGAGGAGGGCGGAUAAAUAAGGAGCAAACUCAAACUCGUGCAUCGUUUUCUGCGCUCGGAAGCUGUCGCGUGUGUCGUGGAGGGUGCGCGCGUACAGGACAUCCAGAAUGGCACCCUGGAGUAACCUCUACACUUAGGAGAACUACUCAGAAGUUGGCAUCCAUUUGAAAACCAAAUCAGAGUCGGGGAAAUUCCAUAAUGUAAAUAUACCUUGGCUUUUCCUAAUCCUUGGCUUUGGACCAUGAACCUUAGAGGAUCCCCUUGGAAGAUCAUCUAUUUAGUUUGGAUUUAAAGCGCCGGUUUCUCUGGACCACUGCAGCAGUGGCUGUUGGAGGCGGCUGCCGCGGCAGUGGUGGGAGGGCCUUGCCGCCUUGGAGUAAAGGAAUACAGUUAAAAACCGCCACACCACCAUGAGGAUACCCACCACCUCUUGCCUCUGUCCCUUCUUGGUUUGCCUUUGCUUCAUCCAGAGGUGCUCUGGGGCGGGCCACCACGUUCCUACCAAAGUGCCCUCCAAGAACCAGACCAAACUGGCCAACGGGGAGACAGAGGUGCACCACAGACCCAAGCGUGGCUGGAUCUGGAACCAAUUCUUUGUUUUAGAAGAACACAUAGGACCAGAUGCGCAGUAUGUGGGAAAGCUUCACUCAAACUCAGACAAAGGCGACGGAUCCGUCAGGUACAUUCUGAGCGGCGAGGGAGCCGGGUCUAUAUUCAUCAUCGACGAGGUGACGGGUGACAUCCACGCCACCAAGAGCCUGGAUCGGGAGAGGAAAGCACAUUACGUCCUGCAUGCACAAGCCUUGGACCGCAACACGCAGGAGGCCCUGGAACCCAUGUCGGAGUUCAUAAUCAAAGUCCAAGACAUCAACGACAACGCACCUCAGUUUCCAGAUGGACCCUUUGUAGCUACGGUGCCCGAGAUGUCUGAAGUGGGUACCUCCGUGUUGCAAGUCACGGCGACAGACGCUGACGACCCCACCUACGGAAACAGCGCCAGGAUAGUCUACAGCAUUUUACAAGGACAGCCGUAUUUCUCAGUGGACCCCAAAACAGGGAUCAUCAGAACUGCCUUGGCGGACAUGGACCGAGAAGCCAGAGAACACUACACUGUUGUCAUCCAAGCCAAAGACAUGGCCGGCCAAGUUGGAGGGCUCUCUGGCUCCACCACCAUCAACGUCACCCUGACAGAUGUCAACGACAACCCGCCCAAGUUUCCCCAAAAAAAUUACCAGCUGUAUGUCCCCGAAUCGGCUCAAGUUGGGAAACCAGUGGGGAAGAUCAAAGCCAACGACGACGACCUUGGUGUUAAUGCGGACAUUAAGUACAGCAUCAUCAACUCAGAGGGGGCCAAUAUGUUCUCCAUAUCCACGGACAGAGACACAAAAGAGGGAAUCAUCAGCUUGAAAAAACCCCUGAACUACGAGAGAAAGAAGACCUACACGCUACACAUUGAGGGAAUGAAUAUGCAUGUGGAUCCACGGUUUUCCUACCUGGGUGCUUUUAAAGACACUGCCACCCUUAAAAUCACAGUGGGGGAUGUGGACGAAGCACCUGUCUUUUCUAUGGAUUAUUACAUCUUGGAUGUUUACGAGAACUCGAAGAGUGGCACAGAGGUGGGCAGCGUUACAGCUCGAGAUCCGGACAGCAGAAGUAGCCCUGUAAGAUAUUAUUUGGACAGCAAAGAGGACGGAGUGAGAUACUUCCGAAUCGAUGAAAGCAGUGGAAUCAUACGCACAACACAGCCUCUGGAUAGAGAAGACAUACCCUGGCACAACAUUACUGUAAUGGCCUCGGAGGUUGACAACCCCAGUCUGCUCAGGCACGUUCCUGUUACCGUGCAGGUGCUGGACAUGAACGACAAUCCCCCAGAAAUAGCAACCGAGGAGGAAGUCAUUGUGUGCGAGAGCUCAAGGCCCGGCCAGGUGAUCCAGACCGUCACAGCAGUGGAUAAGGAUGACUUUGCUAAUGGACAGAGGUUCUCUUUUGCUCUGCCAAGCCAGUUGCCGGUGAAUCCCAACUUCACCCUAAAGGACAAUGAAGACAGCACAGCUAGCAUCAUUGCCAGGCGGCGCCGGUUCAACCACCUGACCCAGGAGCUCUACGAGCUGCCCAUCGUGGUGUGGGACGGUGGGGAGCCGUCACUGAGCGGCACAAGCACGUUGACCCUGCGGGUGUGCCCAUGCCAGCGCCAUGGCAAGAUCCGCAUCUGCCAGGGGGAGGCCUUCCUCUCCUCUGCAGGUCUCAGCACGGGGGCUCUGAUUGCCAUCCUGCUGUGCAUCGUCAUCCUGCUUGCAAUUGUGGUUCUCUUUGUUACACUGAAGCGCAGCAAGAAGGAGCCCCUCAUCAUCGCUGAGGAAGACAUCAGAGAAAACGUGGUGACCUACGACGACGAGGGUGGAGGAGAGGAGGACACUGAGGCCUUUGACAUCAUUGCCCUGCGAAACCCAGCCGCAGCCGAGGAGCUCAAGUUCCGGCGGGACAUUCGUCCAGACGCGAGGAAUCAUUGCGGUAUGCCCCACGUCCGCAGGAGCCCGUCGGUAGAGCUGGACGAGGUGGACGUGCAUGAAUUCAUCAAACAGAGACUAGUGGAGGCCGACUUGGACACCAGUGUGCCCCCCUAUGACUCCCUCCAGACCUAUGCUUACGAGGGGCAGGGCUCAUCUACAGGGUCCAUUAGUCCGUUGGACUCUGCCGGCGCGCAGUCGGAGCAGGAAUAUACCUAUCUGGAAGACUGGGGCCCCGAGUUCCAGAAACUAGCAGAACUCUAUGAAGAGGCAGAGUCGGAUGUGACCACUUAGUCUGUGAUUUCACUCCUGUUCAAACCAAAUCUGUCCCAAACCCCAUUCUUUUUUUUUCAGAUUUUCAAUGAAUAACACGGACAGAGACGGUCUCAGUGGUCCUCGACUUUUAUUGUUGAACUAAAACGACUGCUCUAUUUUUGGUUUUUGGUUUUUGUUAUGUUGUUCGUUUUUUUCAUUUUGUCACAUUGGAUCAUGGGUUAUUCGUCUGGAAUUGUCAGAUUUUAAAAUUGAGAGAGGAUAAAAUAUGAGGAAAAAGGAAAAUGAUAUUUUCCUUGGUGUAUAUUUUUUAUUGCUCAAUAAAGUCCUGAAAUCCAUUUGAGUGGAUAUGUGAAA